CAAUUGGUCAUGAAGUGGUAUCAGCUUUUGAUUUACCGUAUGCUAAUGAUGCAUGGAAAAUAGCUUCAGACAUCUAUCCAAUACUCAAAGGAAUGAACAAAAUAGUAUCAGCGAUGUGUCAAGGAACAUGUACUAUUGGGAUUACAUUGGAUCAUAGAUCUACAAAAGCUGGUUCUCCAGAUAAUGAACUAAGUUGGACGUGUAAAAGGUUUACACAGCUGGCUGCUGAAGCACUCAAGAAAGAAAACACAAUAGAAGCAAAAGAAGCAUUGGGGAGAGAAUUUCAUGUGCCAGGGCAUAUCACUUUAACCCAAGAAAGGCAAAAUGGACUAAAAGACAGACAAGGUCCUACAGAAUUAUCAGUAGCAUUGGCAAGGUUAGCUGAAGUUGUGCCUGUUAUGGUUGGAUGUGUUAUGUUGAGUAAACCAGGAAACAAUUUUGGCGCAUUGGAUUCAAAAGAGGCAGAACAAUGGGCAUUGGAAAACAAUGUGCCAUUUCUGAAUGGGAGACAGAUUGUGCCUUUAUUUCACAGUGGAUUUGUAUAA